AUAUUAAAUACAUAUUAUGCAACACAUCGUACGCUCACGCCAGCUUAACCUCGCAAAACUAGAGUCUGAAAAACGAAUGCUGCCCUAAUGUAACUAGUCGAACUAGUCCGUCACGAAAUUGCUCCCGGUUUACCCGUUUAUCUCGUUUAUACAUUAUACAUUUUAAACCCGCCCGGCUCGCGAAUGGAAGGCGAAGAUAUUAGUAGCGAGGAAGCGCUGCAGGCACGUCACCGGCAGGAGAAAAAGGAUCUCCAAGCUAAAAUCACCGCCCUCAAAAAAGCGAUACCCAAAAAUGACAAGAAGCGUAAAAAAGAAGUCACCGAAGAGAUUGCCAAGCUUGAGGACGAUCUCGAUGCACGCCACAAACAGGAAUUAAACGCGCUGAACCAGUCGGAAGUCUGUAUCAUCACCAACGAUAUCGACAAUGGCGGUGAGACGACCAACAAUCAAGAAAACAACUCAAACUCACUCAAUGAGACUGAACAUGACAUGAAUGAGGAGGAAUCUAGUCAUGGAGAAGGCCGUCUAACACGAGCCCAACGGCGUCGCAAUAAAAAGGAGAACGAGAACAAGGAGCGUAAUAAACGUAUUCAGGAACAAGAGGAAGUCAACCGCAGCGGACCUCGUGUGACCGAAUUAAAUUCGAUCAACAAAAGUUUAAAGGAACUAGGACUUCAGAUUCAUAAUGUUCCUGCAGAUGGCAACUGUUUGUAUUGUUCUAUCAAACACCAGCUGGAAGUGACCGGUCGGCAGUCGUAUAAAGUGCCAGAUUUGCGUAAACUCACCGCGUUGUUCAUUAGAGACAACAAAGACGAAUUUCUCCCAUUUAUGUACAAUGAUAAUGAGGAGCCAGUCGAUGAGCCCCAGUUCGAAAAGUAUUGUAAUGAUGUAGCGAAUACAAAACUCUGGGGCGGGCAGUUGGAAUUGCGUGCGAUUUCAAACGUGCUCAAGUGCCCUAUUAAAAUAAUUCAAGCAAUCGGCCCGCCAACGAUACAAGGCGAGCAGUUUGAUGGUGAACCGCUUAUUCUAACUUAUCAUCGCCAUCUUUAUCGGCUGGGCGAACACUACAACUCAACUAUGACCAGUGAUAAUCAGGAGCAGGAGGACGAUUGCUAACGCUGCUUCUGCACCAUGGGGUUUAACAUUUGCGGGUGUGAUUGAAUGCGAACCAAAACCGGCGGGCGUACUUUUAAGUAAAAUAAAGGAAAUAAAGUUAUUAAAAACUA